AACCCGUGACGAAGGAUUGGUUUAAAAGGUGUGGUCGUCGGCUGAUGGGCAUCUUCAGUGAGCAACCAGCCCACUGAGAGGUCCAAAAUGGCGUGGAAAUUUGGACUUCUUUGUUUAUUUGUCACCGUCGUCUUCGCUCAGGAUGACUACGGACGCAGUGGCCUGGCCAGCGCCAUUGCGAACGCCGAAGCACUCGCCAAUGGUUACGGAGGCAGCAGUGCAAGCGCCGACGCAGAAGCAAACGCUCUAGCCAACGGAUACGGAGGAGGCAGUGCAAGUGCCAACGCUCUUGCCAACGCUCUAGCUAACGGAGGAAUCGGAGGAGCUAACGCCAAUGCCAAUGCACUUGCAAACGCGUUGGGAAACGGAUGGGGAGGCGGUGCCAGCGCCGAUGCUGCCGCAAACGCGUUAGCCAAUGGAGGAGCUGGAGGAGCGAGUGCAGACGCCAUCGCCAACGCAUUAGCCAAUGGAGGCGCUGGAGGCGCUAGCGCUAACGCUCUUGCUAACGCAUUAGCCAAUGGAGGUGCAGGCGGAGCGAGCGCGGAUGCAUUCGCCAAUGCCCUGGCUAACGGUGGUGCUGGCGGCGCUAAUGCCCAAGCUAUUGCCGACGCUAUUGCUAACGGAGGUGGUGGCAGCGCCAGUGCCGACGCUUAUGCCAACGCAUUAGCCAACGGAGGUGCCGGAGGAGCCAGCGCUGAUGCCAUCGCCCAAGCCCUUGCUAACGCUGGAGCUGGAGGCAGUGCUAGUGCCGACGCUUUUGCUAAUGCCCUCGCUAAUGGUGGUGCUGGUGGUGCAAAUGCGGAUGCAUUUGCCCAAGCUCUUGCAAACGCCGCAGGUGGUGGUGGUGGCGGCAGCGCUAGCGCUGAUGCCAUUGCAAACGCUCUCGCUGGUGGUGCUGGCGGUAGCGCUCAGGCUCAAGCUCUUGCACAAGCUCUUGCUAACGGCGCUGGUGGAAGCGCAAGUGCUGAUGCUCUUGCUAACGCUUUCGCCAACGGAGGUGCUGGUAGCGCCAGUGCUGAUGCCAUUGCCAACGCUUUAGCCAACGGAGGAGCUGGUAGCGCUAGCGCUCAAGCCCUCGCUCAAGCUCUUGCCAACGGUGCAGGCGGUAGCGCCAGCGCUGAUGCCAUUGCCAACGCUUUAGCCAAUGGUGGAGCUGGUGGCGCUAAUGCCCAAGCCAUUGCUCAGGCCCUUGCCAACGCUGCAGGUGGCAGUGCUAACGCCGACGCUUAUGCCAACGCUCUUGCCAACGGAGGUGCCGGAGGAGCCAGCGCUGAUGCCAUCGCCCAAGCCCUUGCUAACGCCGGAGCUGGAGGCAGCGCUAGUGCCGAUGCUUAUGCUAAUGCCCUCGCUAAUGGAGGAGCCGGAGGCAGCGCUCAAGCCCAAGCCCUUGCCCAAGCUCUUGCCAACGCCGCCGGCGGCAGCGCUAGCGCUCAAGCAAUGGCCCAAGCUCUCGCCGACGCUGAACCUGGCAGUGCUAGUGCCUCAGCCCUAGCCCAAGCUCUCGCAAGCGCCGCAGGAGGCACUGCCCAAGCUCAAGCUCUUGCUCAAGCUCUCGCUAACGCUAGAGGCGGUGGCGCUAGCGCCAGCGCUCAAGCGCUUGCCCAAGCUCUUGUUAACGCUGCUGGGGGGACCUCGAGUGCCCAAGCCAUGGCACAAGCCCUCGCAAACGCUGAACCCGGUAGUGCUCAAGCUUCAGCUCUAGCUCAAGCUCUCGCUAAUGCUGCAGGUGGAACCGCUGAAGCUCAAGCUCUUGCAAACGCUCUUGCGAGCACUAGAACAGGUGGUGCUGGUGCUAGCGCUCAAGCUCUCGCCCAAGCCCUCGCUAACGCCGCAGGCGGUAGUGCUACUGCUCAGGCUUUGGCCCAAGCUUUAGCUGAUGCUAACGCAGGUAGCGCAAGCGCACAAGCUCUGGCCCAAGCUCUCGUAAGCGCCGCAGGCGGUAGUGCUCAAGCACAAGCUAUUGCCCAAGCUCUUGCAAACACAGGAGGUGCCGGCGGUAGUGCUUCAGCUCUAGCUGAAGCGUUAGCCGGCGCCGUUGGUGGCAGCGCAAGCGCCCAAGCGGUCGCACAAGCCCUCGCAAGUGCCGCAGGAGGCAGCGCUCAAGCGCAAGCCCUUGCUCAAGCAACUGCAAACGCUGCCCCUGGCAGUGCAAGCGCCCAAGCUCUCGCCCAAGCUCUGGCUAGCGCUGCAGGCGGCAGUGCCACGGCUCAAGCUCUCGCCUCAGCUCUCGCAAACGCCGGAGGCGCCAGUGCCAGCGCCCAAGCUAUCGCUAAUGCCCUCGCUAUUGGAGGUAGCGCCGAUGCUACCGCAAUUGCAAACGCAAAUGCGCACUCGACCGGAUUCAUACCUCCUCCUCCACCCGCUCAAUGCUCAUACAAUGGCCAGAUGAUAGUAAGAGUAGUCCCUGGUACCGAGAAAUACAUUCCUUGCCCCGCUGUCGAAGUCUGUGGAUGCUUCCAGACCCCAAUAGGUAGUCUCUACCUCAGCUGCCGACGAUGCCCCGGCUGUGUUCCUCGUGAUCCGAGACACGCUUCACUACCUACAAUUUUGCCCAUAAGUCCAUUUUUACCAGUACCACCUCGCCCAGCACAUCGUCCAAUACCAGCUCCCAUUCCGAUCCCGGAUGUAAUACCGUUCCCGAGACCGAUUCCAGGGCCCACACCGAUUCCUACACCGAUACCGAGACCGAUCCCCAUACCGUGGUGCCCACCACCAACCAUCAUCCCUGGCCCGCCACGACCAUACCCAGUACCGGUCCCAGUUCCGAGCAAACCCGUCGUAAUCCCGGUACCAGUCCCGGUCCCAUCUCCGCCGAAGAAGAUCUACGUCCCCGGCCCAGUAGUGAGGGUCCCGGUACCAGUGAGAGUACCCGUGCCAGUACCGCAGCCCUACCCAGUACCAUCCCCGCCUAAGAUCAUCAGAGUCCCGUACCCGGUCCCAGGCCCAGUUGAAAAGAUAUACGUGAAAGUACCGGUCCCAUCUCCGCCCAUCAGAAUACCGGUUCUCGUUCCUGGUCCGGAGAGGGAUGUUCCGGUACCUGUACCGGUACCGUCACCGCCCGUCCGCGUUCCGUACCCGGUGAACAGAUAUAUCACUGUUCCUGGCCCGAAAGUACUUGUACCUGUACCCGUUCCUGUGAUCAGAAACAAAGUCUUCCCGGUACCCGUCGUCAUAUACGUAGCCCCCGAAUGCAGGUCCCACGAACCGAACGUACCAUUCCCGAAACCAGGCGACGCUUGCGUCAUCCUCACUUGCCGCGUCAAAUACAACUACAUCUACAUCGAGAGCUACAGAAUCCCUGGCUGUGGAAUUCCACUCCCACCCCCACCGCCGCCACCAACUCCAAUAUGGUUCCCCAGUGAGGCUACAGCUCAAGCUCAAGCCCAGGCCCAAGCUCAGGCUCAAGGUGGCGGAUGGGGAGGCGGCUCAGCUGAAGCUCAGGCUCAGGCCCAAGCUCAAGCUAACGGCUACGGAGGUGCGGCUGACGCUCAAGCCCAAGCCCAAGCUCAAGCUCUAGCUGCUGGGCUCGGAGGCGGUUCCGCUGAAGCUCAGGCACAGGCUCAGGCUCAGGCUCUCGCUCAAGGUCUCGGAGGUGCCGGCGGUUCAGCUCAAGCUCAAGCUCAAGCUCAAGCGCUCGCUCAAGCCCUAGGCUUAGGUGGUGCUGGUGGUUCAGCUGACGCUCAAGCUCAGGCACAAGCCCUGGCUCAAGGUCUCGGAGGUGCCGGAGGUUCAGCCCAAGCCCAAGCUCAAGCACUAGCUCAAGCCUUAGGUUUAGGUGGUGCUGGUGGCUCAGCUGACGCUCAAGCUCAGGCACAAGCUCUUGCUCAAGGUCUUGGAGGUGCCGGAGGUUCAGCUCAAGCCCAAGCUCAAGCGCUCGCUCAAGCCCUAGGCUUAGGUGGUGCUGGUGGUUCAGCUGACGCUCAAGCUCAGGCUCAAGCCCUUGCUCAAGGUCUCGGAGGUGCCGGAGGUUCAGCCCAAGCCCAAGCUCAAGCACUAGCUCAAGCCCUAGGUUUAGGUGGCGCCGGUGGUUCAGCUGAGGCUCAAGCUCAGGCUCAGGCUCUAGCUAACGGAUUUGGAGGCGGCGACGCUCAAGCUCAGGCCAUAGCACAGGCUCAGGCCGCUGCACAAGCCGCUCAGAAUAGCCUCAACCAAUAUUACCCAGGCCAAGAUGCUGCAUCUCAGGCCGCAGCACAAGCUCAGGCCAUAGCACAGGCUCAGGCCGCUGCACAAGCCGCUCAGAACAACCUUAACCAAUAUUACCCAGGCCGAGAUGCUGGAUCUCAGGCCGCAGCACAAGCUCAGGCCAUAGCACAGGCUCAGGCCGCCGCAGAAGCUCAGGCCAUAGCACAGGCUCAGGCCGCCGCAGAAGCCGCUCAAAAUAACUACAACCAGUUCCAACCCUACCCAGGCCAAGAUACUGGAUCUCAAGUCCAGGCACAAGCCCUAGCUGAAGCCUUAGCCGAAGCUCAGGCAAACUCUAACCGCGCUUAUCCAGGCUCUUAUCCCGGAAACUGGAAUCAGGGAGGAUUCCAACAAGAAACUUAUCCAAAGAAAUUGAUCAUUCAGCAGCCGGGCUCGUAUUACCAACCAAGUGGUAACCAAGGAUUCCCUGGUGGAAACCAAGUCUUCCCCGGUGGAAACCAAGUCUUCCCCGGUGGAAACCAAGUCUUCCCCGGUGGAAACCAAGUCUUUCCCGGUGGAAACCAAGGCUUCCCUGGAGGUAACCAAAUCUUCCCCGGUGGAAACCAAGGCUACCCAGGAUCUGGGCUUGUCAAUUUCGGAAGCGGAGCUUCCCAGGCCCAAGCCACUAGCAAUGCCCAGUCAGGGUAUGGAACAGCGCAAGCUCAAUCUGACGCUAUUGCUCAGGGAGACUCUCAAGCGAUAGCGGAUGCUAUGGCUCAAAGCAAUGCAGGAUACUCAAAUGGAUUAUAUGGAAGGCCAGACUCGUUGGCUCAAGCUCAGGGAAGCGCACUAUCUAACCUCUAUCAGACAGGUUACAAUAAUCCACCAUAUGGAUACGGUGGAUCUGAUGCUUCAGCCCAAGCUCAAGCCGAAGCUGAUGUAGGAUCAGCACAAGCUAUGGCAAAUGCAUUAGCUCGGCAGUUAGCUUCGCAGGCUCAGGCUGACGCUUCAGCUAAUGCUAAUGUAAUGUCUCAGCCGGCGCUGUAUCAAUCCCCUUCGUCAUAUUUCUACCCUGGUGGAGCCCAACCGGUGAGGACCAACGCAGCGGCCCAAGCUGACGCACAGGCGGUAGCCAAUGCCAUGGCUAAUGGAGACGCGUCCGCCCAGGCCCAGGCAUCAGCGGCGUCCGCCAUAAAAACAGGUGAUUCAGAUUCACAGGAGUAGAAAAUAAUUACUGUAGUACAACUAGCUCACGACUCAAGCGACUCAGCCAUGAAGACGGACUCGAAUGUAAUGUAGUCUAAAAGUGUGAAGCAAACCGAACGAAGCACUUUUAUUUAUUUCGUAUUUGCAAUUA